AGAGGGUGGAUACUAUCGGUGAAUUGGGAGGAGAUGUGCAAUCAAAAGCACACAAUCUCACCUCACUUAGAAAGAAAUCCACCUUCUUUCCGAAAGGGUGUAAGACCAAAUCAAUGGAUGCUUUUGAAGAACUAGUAAUGCGAGAAGUAGAACGUAUCAAAAGAAUAGACAAGAAUAGAAUGAAUUUAAAUAAGGAAGAACAACAAGCUUUGGCUGACCUGAGAGAGAAUAAAGAGGUUGUUAUUAAACCGGCCGACAAGGGGGGUGGCAUCGUCCUUAUGGAUAGAGAAUAUUAUAUAGAGGAGUCAUUGAGACAACUAAACGAUGGCAUUACAUACAAGAAAUUGAAAG